CAGGCAGAGGAAAUUAGUAAUGCUGAAGGUGAAGGAAUGAGAAAAUAGGAUGGGUAGAGAGACAAGCAAAUGCAGAGCUCCAACAUAAUAAAACUCCCUCCUCUUCAAUAUGCAAAGGGAAGAGUGAAGACUGCACACAGCAAGCUUGCAGCACAGCCUGCCAAAACUCACUGCAGACACGACGACAGGUUUUCAGUCUCUUUGCACUGCACUGUUUAGCUAACUGUACCAUGGAUGGAAAACAUAAAGACCAGAACCAGACUAAGUAGUUAAGUUCGAAAAAAGAAAGGCGCAACUUUCUUGCUGCUGCUAAGAAGAAAGAAUUUAAAGGAAUAGAAAGAAAACAAGUAACCAUGCAAGCAGGGGGAAACCAGCAGAGAAACUUUUUCCUGACUGUGCUGACACUUUCGGUUACAUUGGAGGCUUAUAGAGCUCUAAGCUGUCGAAUUGGCACUGGAUCAGAGUGUGAGAAGGCUCCAUUUGUCCCGGGCCACAACCUAGCAGGGGAAGGUUUUGAUGUGGUGCGUCUGCGUCGCACAGGCGCUUACGUCAUUAACGUCAAAGCUCAUCUGGAUGACAACCACACUUGUACACUGUGUCCAAACAGGUUUCAGAAUGGACAGAUUCAGAGGCUUCCUGCAGCAGUCCUGGACUGGCGUCUCUUCAGCCGCUGCAGUAAGCAGCUGUCUAGUGCACUUCACCACUCUGUAGACUCCCUGCUGCGUAGUUCCAGCUCACUGGUUAACAACAACUGGGGUUUGGGUUUGAGCCUAGACAAAAUCGGACAGGCUGUGCUAGGAGGAAGCCGCUCAGAUUUGGCCAAGUUUGCACGCUCCCAGCACAGUGUGGACAAAGCUACAUUUGCCAUUCAUGAAAUCAGUUGCUCCUAUUACAGCUACAGGCUGGCUGACCAUCCCCAGCUGAGCUCAGAGUUCACAAAGCAUCUGAAGAGACUCCCACAGAGUUUAAGCACAUCCCAGAACAAAGCUCUGUACAGACGCCUCAUAGACACCUAUGGAACACAUUACAUACACCAGGUGCAGCUUGGGGGUAAAGUGAGGCGUAUUACUGCUUUCAGGACUUGUCUGGCUACACUGAAGGGCUUUUCAGAGUCAGAAAUCAAAAACUGCCUGAAUCUCGAACUCCGUAUGGCUCUGGGUUUUCUACCUGGCAAUGCAUCUUUCUCUAACAAGUGUGACAACCUUUUGAAAGGGAACAUGAGCAUGGGCUUUUACCAGGGCUUCAUGACUCAUAAGAUUGAGGUAAUCGGAGGGGAGAGGUAUUUUCCUGACAUUCUUUACCAACAAGACCCCUCAGAGUCAUACCACAGCUGGAUAAACAGCCUUCACAACAACCCUGAUGUAGUUUCCUAUGCCAUCUUCCCCCUGCAUCAUUUGGUGGAGGACAGUGAGAUCAGUGAAAACCUGAGAAGCAUGGUCACAGAGUACAUAAAAGAGAACCAGCUGGAAAUGGAGCAGCUCGGCCAGAAGAACUGCUCCCCAGCUCCCAACUUGGAUCACAAUUGUUGUCCUUUACGAGCCGGAAGAGGAACUCUAAGGCUGGAAAUCCACAGAGCUGCAGGUCUGAGGGCUGACACCUUCACAAAAACAGACGCAUACGUAAAAAUAUUUUACACCGGCAUGUAUGAAGAGACCGAGACUGUGAUGGACAACAACGACCCAGUUUGGAACGCCACUUAUGAUUUUGGCUCAGUGGAACUGGGUCAGGAGAUGAGGUUCGAAGUCUGGGAUAGGGAUGUGCUUUACAAUGACAGAGCAGGGAUAUGUAUCAUCUAUCCUGAGAAAGGAACCCAUUCUUUGAGCUGUCAGCUCCGAAAAGGUGUUCUCUAUUUUACCUACGCCGUCAGCUGCGAUGCACAUUUGACAGGAUUCAGGUGUGGUAGAUACUCUCCACAUGCUGAAUAAAAAACAUGCUACUGUAUCUUCAAAUCUGCACUGGGCAUUUUUUUUCCUUUUUGACAGAGUUCUUCUAAACUGCAUAUUAUAUAUAUAGUAAUUUCACUUAUGCAGAUGGUAGCAUAUUCCAGGGCUUUUCCACUGAGCUCAUUAUAGGUGCCUGCAAAACAAGAACAAGAUGUAAAAGGCUGUAGGUAUCAGUUGUAUUCUUAUUAAAUUCCUGUUAUAAUAC